AUGUUUGGCUCGUUUUAUACUCUGGUUAGUGUUAAUUUCCGGAGAAGAUUCAUAACCGGUGUUCAACAAUACCGUCUUCACACAACCGCUGGUCGAUUAGCAGACGAUAUCGAAUACGAUGAAAUACCUGUAUCUCGAAUACGCAAUUUCAGCAUUAUUGCCCACGUAGAUCAUGGGAAGAGCACCCUGGCGGAUCGUUUGCUGGAAAUGACCGGUACGAUAGCGAAGCACUCGGGCAAUAAGCAAGUGCUGGAUAGCUUACAGGUCGAAAAAGAACGUGGAAUCACAGUAAAGGCACAGACGGCUUCGCUCAUCUACAAACACGCGGGACAUCACUACCUGCUGAACCUGAUCGAUACACCCGGUCAUGUGGAUUUUUCGAACGAGGUGUCCCGCUCCUUGGCGGCUUGUAACGGUGUCAUACUGCUGGUGGACGCUAACCAAGGGGUGCAGGCACAAACAGUAGCAAACUAUCACUUGGCCCGCUCAAAACAGCUCGUCAUUGUGCCAGUUUUGAACAAGAUCGAUCUGAAAAAUGCUCGUCCCGAAGCUGUGUGUAACGAGCUGCUGACGCUGUUUGAUAUCGAUCCCGAUGAGGUGCUGAAAGUAUCGGCAAAGCAGGGAACCGGUUGCGACGAGGUGCUUGCCAGCAUUGUCAAUCGAUUGCCUGCUCCGGACGCAAAUCGAGAUGCCAAUUUUCGUGCGUUAAUUUUCGACAGCUGGUUUGAUAAGUACCGAGGAGCGCUCAAUUUAAUUUACAUCCGAGACGGUGAGAUAAGCACCGGCCAGGAGAUCGUUUCGUGCCACUCGGGUAAAACGUACGAGGUGAAAAGUUUAGCAUUGCUACGACCGGAUGAAAGGAAAGUGGAACGACUGGUGGCGGGUCAGGUUGGCCUGCUUGGGUGCAACAUGCGCACCAGCAAGGAAUCGCAAAUCGGUGACACAUUGUACUUGAAAAGGCACAAGACGUGUGUCCCCUUGCCAGGGUUUAAGCCACAGCAACCGAUGGUGUUUGCGGGCGUUUAUCCACCGGAUCAAACGCAACAUCCGGUGUUAAAAAGUGCCAUCGAGAAGCUUGUGCUUAACGAUUCGGCCGUUACCGUAACACCUGACUCGAGUCCGGCGUUAGGACAGGGAUGGCGACUUGGCUUUUUGGGCUUAUUGCAUCUGGAUGUGUUUAGCCAGCGCUUGCAACAGGAAUACGAUGCGGAACCAGUCCUAACAGCACCGUCGGUAACGUACAGAAUCAAACUAAAAGGCACGAAAGCGAUUGCGGCACACGGUGGCAAUGAGAUUGUGCAUAUCAGCAAUCCGGCCCUGCUGCCCGAUCGAACGAUGGUGGAAGAAUAUUAUGAACCGUACGUGUUGGGAACGAUCAUAGCACCGACCGAUUGUGUUGGAGCAAUUAUUGGGCUGUGCGUUGAACGACGAGCGGUUCAGAAAACGUCGAUCAAUAUCGAUAACGAUCGCAUCAUGACCACCUACCUCAUGCCGUUGAAUGAGAUUGUGCUGGAUUUUCACGAUCAAUUGAAAUCGCUUAGCUCAGGUUACGCGAGCUUCGAUUACGAAGAUCAUGGGUACGUUGAGACUAGCAUCGUUCGAAUGGAUGUCCUGCUAAAUGGGCAAAUGGUUGACGAACUGUGCACGAUCACGCACACUAGCAAGGCACAGAGUCAUGCGCGAGAGUUGGUACUAAAGCUGAAGGAGCUUAUCCCGCGGCAAAUGGUACAAAUCGCUAUACAAGCGGUUGUCGGUGGGAAAGUGUUGGCGCGCGAAACUAUAAAGGCAUAUCGGAAGGAUGUUACGGCUAAACUUUACGGCGGUGAUGUUACCAGACGCAUGAAGCUGCUCAAGCAACAGUCAGAGGGAAAGAAAAAAAUGAGAUCGAUUGCAAACAUUAAUGUUCCUAGGGACACAUUUAUAAAUGUGUUGAAGCGUUAG